AUGGCCCGCAGCCCCCGCUGGAUCCCGCCGCUAUUGCUGCUGCUGCUGCUGCCGCCGCCGGCCCUGCCCGCAGGGUGUGCGGCCCGCGGGCUCUGCUGCCCCGGCCGCGACCCCGCCUGCCUGAGCGCCGGCCGGCGGCCCGACGGCUCCACCGGGCCCUGCUACUGCGACCAGGCGUGUGUCCGCACCCUCGACUGCUGCCACGACUAUGCCGAGACCUGCCCGGUUAUCCCCUGUGUGGUAUCUCAGUGGAGUGCCUGGAGUGGCUGUGCAGAGCCUUGCAAGACAACGUAUCGUGUCCGGACGAGACACAUCGUCCAGGAGCCCAGGAACGGGGCAGAGGCAUGUCCUGCUCUGGAGGAGAGGGCUGGCUGUGUGGAGUACUGGACUCGGCAAGGAACAGAGUGCAAACAGUCCCUGAUCCCAGCAUUAAUAACUACGGGAGGGUUUGGAAAAGCGAGGAAGAAAAGAGCUGCAGCUGAUGGCAAGGAAAGAGCAGGGUACUGUGUUGAGUUCCAGCUCGUGGCCAUCACGCCGGGCUGCCUGCACAGCCACCACUCGUACACCCGCUGGAUGCGCUACCUCAGGGAGGGCCACACGGUCUGUGUGGAGUGUCAGCACCCGGCCCUGGACUCCAGAAGUCAGCAUUGCUCCGGGGAUGGCACUGGGAGCAGAAAGAAUCAGCUGUUGCACUGGCAGGCGGUGGGGAACCCUCGAUGCAAGGGAACCUGGAGGAGAAUUCGCCAGCUGGACACUUGCUCCUGCCCUUCUGUUCACAGCUUCUUGUUCAUCUGACUUCCCCAGGCAGCCCCAGUGCUGUGGUGCCUCCUCUGGCAGCAGCGGGAGCCCCAGGCAAAGCAGCGACUGCUGAGUGUCAGAGGGGGCACCCGGAAUCCUCUGUCUGUCUGUGCUCCUCGAUUUCCAAAGAAAUCAGGCUGGCUGGGAAGUGCCAGUCUCUUUCUUCCCUGAGAGAGACAUGUCUGACCCUGAUGACUUCUUGCAAAUCCCUCCUUUCUUGAGAGGAUAGAGAAUUUACCAAAUAACAAAUGCGACAGUAAAGGCCGUAAGAACCCA